AUGCCCCAUCGAGGUCUGACGAUCGAAUCCUCGGCUUCGACGGCCUUGGCGGUCGAAGACGAGAUCAUCCAGUGGCUCAGCAGCCAAGCGGACGAUUCUACCGGCUGCGUGCCGCUGUACGAAGACCCCGACUUCGCCGCGGAGGUUUCGAGUCUGUACUUCGACCCUGGCAAACUACCGGACUACGUGCCUCAGCAGAGCGGCGACUCGGGCGAAUCUGCUGGUUACGUGCACUGGUACCGCCCGACGGAGUUCACGGAGGACCCGGACUACUUCAAGAGCUCGUCGGGGUGUGGCGUUCUACGCGAAGGACUACUAAACGAUGCGUGGCUGCUGGGCGUGUUCGCCGCUGUGGCGCUGCAUCCGGACAACCUCGUGGAGAACCUCUUCGUGUCCGAGUCCCUACACGCCUUCAAGCAGUUCGGCGUCUUCACGUGUCGCUUCUACAAGGACGACAACUGGGUGCCCGUGACUACGGACACUCGCAUCCCGUACUCGAUGGAGCUCCAGCCGGAAGACAAGGCGUGUGGCGCCUUCUCCCCGCCAGGGUUCGCCCUCUACGGCAGCAGUGUCAACAAGAACGAAGUGUUCAUCCCUUUGUUGGAGAAGGCGUACGCGAAGGUCCACGGCAGCUACCAGGCUCUGGACGAGAAGCACGGAGGCGGAGUCGGAGGCAACGCCGGCACCAGCAGUGGUCGUAUCCUCGAGGCCUUUCUGGACUGCACCGGAGGGAGCGCGCACCGUGUGGAUCUACAGCUCGAGCGAGUCAAGCAGCUCCAGUUCGACCAGGCCACUGCUGGGAACCCGGCGGCUGCAGCUUCGAGUCCGUCGUCGCUACUGUGGAAGCAGCUGCUGCGCUACAAGCGGAAGAAGUGCAUCCUCACGACGCAGCUCCGGCAGCUUUCGUUCAACUCGCACGACGUGACGGCCAUGGGGAUCGUCAAGAACCGCCAGUACAUUAUCCAGCACGUGACGGAGCUGGGUCUCCCAUCCGCGGGUGCGUCUGGACAAGGAGGUUCGGGCAACCAGCAAUCAGCGGAUGAGAUGCUGCGCUUCGUCAAGCUCAAGACCGUUUGGGGCCGUGGCAUGUGGAAGGGAGAAUGGUCCAACGACGACAGCAAGUGGGAGGAGCACGCGCAGAUCGAGCAAGCCAUGCGCUCCGACCCGCGCUGCGAGUUCUCGCGCUCGGGCCACGACGGGUGCUUCUGGAUGUUGUGGGAGGACCUGCUCGACACGUUCACGGAGCUCUUCGUGGUGCAUGUUUUCCCGCCUGACGCUCGGCAGUACAGCGUUCGAGGCGACUGGGUGGGCACCACCGCUGCUGGAGCCCCCGAGGUACUGAUCGAGAAGACCAGAUGGGGGUGGCUGCAUGACGCCGACCCGAAUUGGCAUCGCAACCCGCAGUUCAAGCUGUCGAUGAAUGCGGACAGGUCGGUGAGUGGCGUGUUGCUGUCGCUCACUCAGCGGGAUUUUCGCCUCUACGGAGGGGACAACUACGCCAUCAACUUCGUGUUGCUGCGAGAGAAGUUGACGCUUGCGACGGCGUCCUCGAACGACCCGCCGCCUGCGAUCUGGGAGUUCAAGCGCAGCCACGUCGUGGCGGAAGCUCAUUCCUACGAAAACUCGGCAGCAGCCAUCGACUGGUCUGGUGUUGCAGCCCCCGCAACUCCCGGCACCCCUGUCACCGCUUCACUAUCCCAUCCGACGACGCCCAUGGCGGGUGUGGCCAACAGUGGAGGAUUAAGCUCUUCGUCCGGCGGGAGUGGGGGUCAAGCCAAGACACUUCCAGAGCGAGAACUCGUCAAAGAAGACGUCACGAUCUCGCCAGGAGUCGCCUACUACCUCGUGCCUUACACGACGAACCCCAAGGUCGAAAUGGAGUUUUUCCUGCGCGUGGUGGCGCCCCAACCUGUGCGAGUCGAGCGCGUUCCCCCCAUCAUGUCGGUGAUCCGCACGGGGCGUUGGCGAGCCGAUGGCGGAGCAUCAAGUACAGACGCCAACGGAGCUCCAACUGCAGGUUCCAGCAGCACCGGGGAGAUGGCCAACGCCGGUGGCCCCUUGCUGAUGCUGCCCUUGCCACACGCCCACGUAGCAGGCGAGGAGAACCCGGCGUGGUGUCAAAACCCGCAGUUCUGGGUGCGCUUUGCCGAGCGUUCACCUCGGGAGCUUCGGAGACUGCGUAAACUGCUAUCGACCAAGGCGCACGUGACCAUCAAGGUCGUUCUCCGCAAGACCUCCCACCGCGCGUCCCUGGGCAACAAAAGCCGCCAGCAGCGCGAAGCCGCCAAGGACCGAGCCAACCUCGUUGGAAUCACGGCAGUACGGGCAGCGCCUUACAUCUCCACGCCGCCCGUCGUCGUCGGGGGCUCUGGUAGCUCAGCCGCUACGCAGCUUCGAGCGCACGCCAAAGGCCAGAAGACCAACUUUCUGGGGGAAAUCGUCGACUCUCCGUUCGCCAAGGCCACGGCGAUAAGCGAAGGACUGAUCCGCGGCACCAAGUCUCGCAACAACCAGAAGGCGGAGCGCACGGACGUGGACGAUCUGAACGACGACCUGGAAGCUCCAGUCCAGGCGGAGGUUGGAGAAGUCGUAGGCAACUUCCCAACGCCCAAACUGGUCGUCAAGCCCACCGAGUGGUGCCGCUUGUCGUCGUACACUAGCCCGGCGUCCGCGUGUCUGUAUCUGCGCAAGGUCCCGAAGGAGUGGCUGCUGGCCUCCGACUCGCCCAGCGUCGUGAACUCCAGUGGAGGGGGUGGGCUGUUGCUCGUUCCGACACUGGGCGAGCCUGGAGCGGAAGGCUCGUUCGAGUUGCAAGUGGACUGCGACUUCCCGUUGCUGGUGGACGAGCUGCCUAAAGGAGCGGGGGCAAACCCCAAGUUCUACCUGCAGAUGCAGGGCGUGCGUCCCACCAAAGUGCGGAUCACGCUCACGCGCUCCGAGCGCGAGUGGAAGUCGCGCUGCCAACGAGACUCGGUGGGGACCAUGAUCGGCUUUUAUCUGUUCCGAGGCGGCUCGGGCAAACUCAUGCGACCCGGGGAGUCGUCCGCUGACGGGGACUCGGGCGCUACGACGCACCCCAUUGUGAUUAAUGGGCGACAGUGGAGCGAGACGGACUUCGUGCCUCUGCAUACAGUCAGCUCGCCCCCGGAGCUCGUCCUCUCCUCGGCAGCAAAAGGCGGGUAUGUGAUCGUGCCAGCUACCUACGAGCCUGGAAGGCUGGGCAAGUUCGUGCUCUCAGUGCAGUGCGACACAGAGUUCACACUCACGGGCGACUCCGAGACGUAA